AUCACAGAAGGACGCAAUCGCUCCCGCGUGUUUGGCAUCGUAGGUGAUAGUAGCGGUUUUCUGGGGUGCACGUGUUGUUUCUACUUGCUUCAAAAUGGCAGAAGAUAAAAGUAAAAAGAAAAGUAAAAAGAAGUCGCUUGGAGAGAUGCAAGCGGCACUGAAGUGUCAAAUUGAACCUUCUGAUGCACCUGUAAAACUUGAAUACAAGGAUUGGCCACUCCUUUUUAAGAAUUUUGAUAAAAUGCUUACCCGUACAAAGCAUUUUACACCUUUAACCAGUGGUUCAACACCAUUGCAUCGUACUUUGUCUGAAUAUGUAAAAUCUGGGUGCAUUAAUCUUGAUAAACCAUGUAAUCCUUCAUCUCAUGAAGUUGUAGCAUGGAUAAAGAGAAUUUUAAAAGUAGACAAGACUGGUCACUCUGGAACAUUAGAUCCUAAAGUUUCUGGUUGUUUAAUAGUAUGCAUCGAUAGAGCAACCAGAUUAGCUAAAUCGCAACAGUCUGCUGGAAAAGAGUAUGUUGCAGUUUUUAAAUUACAUUCUGCCCCUGAAAGUCUUCAGAAGGUAAAUCAAGCACUGGAAAAAUUGCGCGGUGCACUGUUUCAACGACCACCGCUCAUAUCUGCAGUGAAGCGUCAGCUUCGUGUAAGAACAGUCUACGACAGCUGGUUCCUUGACUAUGAUGAGGAUCGAAACAUGGGAGUGUUCAGAGUUAGUUGCGAAGCUGGUUCUUACAUUAGAACUAUUUGUGUUCACCUUGGCCUUUUCUUAGGCACUGGUUGUCAAAUGCAAGAGCUGCGUAGAAAUCGGUCAGGUGUACAAUCUGAGAAAGAUGGAAUGGUUACUAUGCAUGAUAUACUUGAUGCUCAGUGGUUAUAUGAAAACCAUGGAGAUGAAUCAUACUUAAGAAGAGUGAUUAAACCUCUAGAAGCUCUUCUUGUAAAUCAUAAAAGAAUUAUUAUGAAGGAUAGUGCAGUAAAUGCUAUUUGCUAUGGGGCUAAAAUCAUGCUGCCAGGUAUUCUGAUGUAUGAUGAUGGCAUAGAACUAAACCAGGAAAUUGUAAUAGUAACAACUAAGGGCGAAGCUAUAGCACUUGCUAUAGCAUUAAUGACAUCUCCGACAAUGACUGCUUGUGAUCAUGGUGUAGCUGCAAAAAUAAAAAGAGUAAUUAUGGAGAGGGAUGCAUAUCCUAGGAAGUGGGGUUUGGGACCAAAAGCUUCAGUAAAAAAGCGUAUGAUUAUAGAAGGAAAGUUAGACAAAUAUGGAAAACCAAACGAGAAUACACCAUCCGAUUGGUUGGCUAAUUAUACAGACUAUACCGCAACUGCAAUUAAGACUGAGGAAAAUGGGGAUACUGAUGCUACGGCAAAGAAACGUAAAUGGGAUGAAACAAUACCAGCAGCUACAACAGACGUUUCAAUAAAACAAGAACAAACUGAAGAUCCAGAAACUGUAUCGCCCAAAGAGAAGAAAAAAGAAAAGAAGGACAAAAAGAAGAAAAAGAAGAAGGAAAAGGCAGAAUCUGAAGCUGAAGAAUCAAUGGUUGUGAGUCCUGAAGGUGCAACUGAGGAAACACCAGUUAAAGAAGAGAAGAAGAAGAAGAAGAAAAAGAAAGAUAAAGAUCAAGAAGCACCAACUUCAAGUUGA